CACAAGGGCCCUGCGCUCCAGAAGCAAAACUAGCGCGCUUGAUUCGGAAUAAAGCGGGGGGGGGGGCUGAACCAAGGGGUGCCGUUAAGAAAAAACACUGGGAGGGAUUUUUUUGGUGUGUGUGAGAUCUUAGCCCAAAGUUGCUAAGAAGCUGGCAGGAAAUAAACAAGGACCCGAAAGAAAGGUGGCUUUUGCCAACGAAAGCAAAACAGCAGCGCAGAGCUCAGUCUCCAAGGCUGGACAGUUGUCGCGGGAGGUGAGUGAGCGAGCUCCGCUUUGCAGGCGACGAGGCGGCCCGGGCAUCCUGGUCUUCCCCGCCUGCUUGCUCCCUUCCAGCACCGGCCAGCACUUCGGCCGGCGAUGGCUUCCGAGAGGAAAGCGAGCGGCGACGAGUGCUUCCAAGAUGGCACCUGCGACGUGUGCGAGCCCGACGAGGCGCAGAGGGCCGUGCAGGCCUGCGAGGACUGCGGCUUCUCCUUCUGCGGGCCUCACGCCCAGGAGCACAACCGCAAGUACGGCGCCCACCGGACGGCUUGCGUGGCCGCUGCGGAGCCACCGGGCGGGGAGGCCGCGGAGCCGGAGCGGGUCCCCGGAGUCGGAGAAGGGGAGCGCAAGACGGAGCGCAGGAAGUGCGAGGAGCACGGCGAAGACCUCAGCUUGUACUGCAAGGAGCACGAGAAGAUCAUCUGCGUGCUGUGCGCCGUGUCGGGCUCCCACCGGCAGCAUGAGAUCAUCACACUCAACGACGCCUACGAAGCCGCCCGGAACCGAGAGCAUGUGGACCUGAAGGUGGCCAUGCUAGAUAUGGUGGAAAGGUUAAAGUUCAAGUGCGCAGACCCCAAAGUGACACAAGGUGCCAUGAAGCUGUGCAUUCAGCAAGAGUUCGACAAAGUACGGUGCCUGGUUUGUGAAGAGGAGCACAGAGCUCUCCACUUGGUGGAUCUCCAAGAAGCACUGGCCACUGCUCACACGACAGAAGUUCUGGCAGAAAUCGAUGUCCGCAUGGAAAAAUUGAUGACUGAAAUGGCAGAGCUCACAAGGCAGCUGAACACCUUUAAUGAGCUAGCCAUGCUCAAGCCUGAGAGCACAGAUGAAGAAAACAGGAGGGGAAACGUGCUCUAAUAAGACAAGGCAAGCUUGGCAUUCCUAAUGCACAUUCUAGAUCGCCAGCCGAAUGAAUGCUCAGGUAAGUACUGCGCAUGCCCAUCAUUUCCAAUAAGCAUAGGCUGUUCUGCAUUGUUCUCGGGGAACAAUUUUGACUUUGUGGGAGUUUGGAAGUGUCCAUUCACAAAGAGAGAAAAGGGAAAUGGAUUAAGUCAACAGGAUGAUGACAUGCAGAAAUAGAACACAAAUUUUUGUGCAUUUCUGUUGGCUGCAGACAUGUUGACGCUGUUUUAACACUGAUAUUAAGAGUACUCAAGGUAAUUGGUAUGGAAUUUUCCAGGCUGAGUUGUUCAACUGAAUUUAUUGGUGUCUAAGUAGCUUGUUUUAUGUUGCUCUUCCAUCUCACUGCAGACCUUGCAAUUUUAAUGUAUCUACGUUGAGUAGUUCAUGGUGCUUUGAAGUGGUACAUCCGAAAGAAAUAUCAAUAGUAAGACAGCUUCUCUUGAAAGUAAGGGGAAAGGUGGCAUUGCAUCUUGUAAUUUUCUGGUUAUUGCAGUAUGGAGUGGGCCAGAGUUGGCUGCAGAACUGGCCAUAGCCUUUGUGUAUGAUAUUUUCCCUAAUCUGCAAGGAGUGGGUUUGGUGUGAAAUGAAUGGAGUUCUCCACUAUGUGCAUUUUUCUUGAAGCUGUCAAUCAGUGAAAAUCAUAUCCACUGUCCCCUUAGAAGGUCAAAAACCAUUUUGGGAUUCAGGAAGGGUAGCCUCGGAUAUAGUUAGGAGACGGUUUGCUAAGAUCCUUGCAAGGAUUUUGCCGGCGGCAGCUAAUAAAGAGAUGCCUCGAUAGUUUCUGCAAUCCGUUCUAUCACCUUUUUUUAAAAAAAGAGAUUGAUAAUUUUGGCAUCCCCAAAGUCUGCUGGGAUCUCCUCUCCCAGAUUUUUUCAUUGAGCUUGUGAAGUUUUUGUGCAAGUUCAGUUCUGCCGACUUUGAAGACUUUGGCGGGUAUCCCAUCAGGUCCACUGGUUUUGUUGUUUUCCAUUUGGUAAAUCACAACUCUCCCAGAUUUGGAGAUACUACAAGCUCAUCUCUAGUUUGUUGUUGCAGAAAUUGUGAGAGGAACUCAGCAGCUACAGGGGAGUUGUGGUUAAGAAGAUGCUGGUAAUGUUCUUUUCAGUGCAAUGCAAUAGCUUUUUUAUCUUUUAGAAGUGUGGUACCCUCUAUUGAGCACAGGGGGCAUAUGCCAUAAUUUACUGGUACUGUAUUGGCCGAUAGAUUGUUUUUGUGGCUUUAAAGAAACUCUGUGCAUCACGAGUGUCGGGUAAGUGCUGGAUCUCUUGAGCUUUUUUUUAAUCCACCAGGUCUAUCUCUUUGCCCAAGACUUUCUUUUUCUUGUCAAUAAAUGCUUUCAAACUCACUGUCAUUCUCAUCAAACCAGUCCUGGUGUUUCUUGGUUUGGUAUCCAAUAGUUUCUUCACAGGCUGGAUACCCAGAAUGAGGUAGUUGUGCUGCCUCCCUUGUGGGAUUAUCGCCUCAUGGAGACUUGCCUGGCACCUAGGAUAAUGUCUUCAAUUUCCGAGGCUUUCACCCUCUGUCUUCCCAAUAUCCCCACCCCAGUGUGGUUGCUUAUUAUGGGCCUGCUGUUUGCAGUCUUCUUGUUAGUUAUUGUAAUCUGACCGGGACAUUUUGAAUCGAAGUAUAGAAUGUUUUUAAACAAAAACCGUCUUGUAUCCACUGCUGUUGCUCUGGGAAGUCUCCGCAGCAAGUCUAUUUUCAUUGAUGGCAGCUUUUUGAGAGCUCUCCCUAAUAAGAGUAGCCUGGAUUAUAUUUUCACGCUUGCAUUUGUAUUGGAAAAAUAACUUCCUUAUGCAUGCCAUAUUUUCUUUCUGAUGUCAUUUCUGUUCCAAAGGAUCAGACUUUUCCUCAGUUCCUUUAUUUCAUAUUGAAAUUCUUCAUCGUGCUUUAUCUGAACAUUGCCCCCCUCGGGGGGGGGGGGGACCAAGCUCCUAAACUUUCCACCCAUCCUAAUUUGUUAUCUUCUCUCUUGAUGCAAAGGAUGCUUGUGUAUCCAUUCUUAAUGGCGUAGUUUUUUUUCUUAAAUCCUGUCUAAUGCCAAGUCCUUCUGCUUUUUCCAUUUUGCCCUUUCCUUUCUGUAGCUGUCUUCCAUAUGCUGACUUACUCUAUAGACUGCAGCGGUGACUUCUCUGCUGCAUCUUGCUUAUCUAUUCUUAUUAUAUUUGUCAUAUUUAUGUCCUAUGUCAAAAUCAUGCAAACCCUGACUCUUUACUAAGGCAGCGACCUUCAGAUUUCCUACACCCAAGGAAUCCUGUCUGCUCAGGAAUGCCUGCCAAUGAACUCAAAUGCAUCACAUAUGGUUCUGGGGCAUUGAUUUUCACACUUUUUGCUCUCCACGAGCCUGUUCCACGUCGAUUUAGCUGCCAAAAGACCUUUAUGGGACAGCUGAAAAUUUCUUUUUUUGUGAAUCAGCAUUGGGCACUGCUAGGCUUUGCUGUUGCCCUACAGAUUGUGUGCUGCAAAUGUGUUCAAUGCUCUCUUGCAACUUUAUGCUGCAGGGGGCAAUUAGUA